AUGACAGCUCCAAUAGAUAUAAACUGGGGAAGGAAGGAGCAGAGGAGGCCUAUAAGCAAGACCCAGCCAUAUACGUUUUUCACCUUCUCUAACCCGAAAAAAAGAAAGGCAGAUGACCAAGUUUUUGCUGCAAGGCCCAUCAUAAGGCCGCAGGCAGAUGUACCAGCAGAGUGCCAGCCUGGCGUGCCCCAUCAUGAGAGGCUUCUAAAGGUCAAUUUAGUAUUGCAGGCGUAUUUAAGUCUUAUAUUUAAUGCGUUCGUGGUAGGCCUGGUUGUUCUUCUAUUGAUUAAAGGAGCAGUAAUGCUAAAGAACGACAUAGAGGUGCGUAUUAAUGCAUCAAUAAUUGAUCAAAAAACACAGAUAGCAGACUGUGCGCGAGAGUACAGAAUAAAUAGGUGCAGUCCAGAAGAGCGUGUUCCUGCAAUGGAAAAGCAGUGCCAAGUGUGGGAAAAGUGCAUGACGCAGGAUCCUAUUCGGCAGGAGCUUGGAAAAAUCAUUCUUCGUCUGUUUAGCGAGGGUGCAGAGGAGCUGAUGAGUGCGCUGUCUGUGCGCAGCGUGUUGCUUGCCUCCUUCGCUCUUAUUAUCAUCCUUAGAUUCCGUAAAUAG